CAUAUCGAAGACAUCAAGAUUAGACAUUUAGUGGUUUGAAUUCGCGCGGUUAACCUGCUUCUUUGCUCAGCUCUUGCCGAAUAAUAAACUAAAAUCCUACGCAACUACUUAUCGAACAGCGAAAAUGGCUUGUCUAUCACCAGCUGAAUCCGGAGAAUUUAUUGUUAAAAAUGCAAAAUUUGUAAAAAUCAAUGAGGAUGGAAUAAGCAAUUUAGUUCAGGAGGUCAUUGAUGGCAUUAAAAGUAAAGCUAUUGAUGUAGACAAUUUUUCGCAACACGAAUACCAUCCAAAACCGAAUGACCGCAAUGCUCCAAACUGGAUCUUCUUGAUUGACACUUUGAACUUUUGCUUCUGGACUCCAGGCGAUGCCACUAAAUGGAAGGUUGAACAACAAACAGGAUAUUUUUCACUAUGUGCUGCAGUCAAUCGUGCUUUAAAGGAAGGCAUCGACAUAACCAAUCCAAUAUACUACUCGAACAUUACAUUGGCUGAUCUGGAGAAUAUCCUACGUUCCGACGAUGGCCAAACCAAGGCACCUCUACUAGAAGAGAGAGUCCGUUGUCUUCACGAAGUAGGCAAAAUUCUGAUCGAAAAAUACGAUGCAAAUUUUGAAAAUUGUAUAAAGACUUGCAAUCAAUCGGCCAAGGCACUGCUGAAGCUAAUUGUUGAUGAAUUUCCGUGUUACAGAGAUGAAGCGAUUUACAAUGGACAAAAAGUAUCUAUCUACAAGAGAGCUCAAAUUCUGGUAGGCGAUUUAUGGGCUUGUUAUAGAGGAGAAGGACUUGGAAUGUUCAAUGACAUCACAGAGAUAACAAUGUUUGCAGAUUAUAGAGUGCCUCAAGUUUUGGUUCAUUUCAAAACAAUGGAAUAUACCGAUGAUUUGAUGAAGGCUUUAAAGUCCGACAAACUUAUGGAAAAUGGGUGCACUGAAGAAGUUGAAAUAAGAGGUGCAUCGAUUUAUAUUGUAGAACGGCUCAAAGCGUUGGUACUAGCGGAAUUGAAGACAAACCAUCCCGAGAUAUCGACGAAAAAUGUUAAUGCUGUUUUACUGGAUCAUUUUCUAUGGGACUAUCGACGAAAGCAUGCAUCUGAACUGGAGUAUAUUCCUUUCCAUAAAACCAUUAGUGUUUACUAUUAAAAACAUAAACUUGUUUUGUGUGCUGCCAUCGUUUCAAACUGCAAGUCAAUGAAUGUAUAAUAUCGUUAAAUAAAUUCCACAAACUAUUUCUA